UAUUUCCAGAACUCUCCAUCCAGCCUGGUGAUUGAGCAUCUGUCUCCUUUACAGCUGUGGCCAGCUGCAGUGCUCCUGAGGGGCUGGCUGCACGAUGCUCAAGCACAUUAGCCUGGCGCUGCUCCUCGCCUCUACUUGGACCACUAGGCUCCCGGUCCAAGGUGCCGUCUCAGUGCAAGAGCUUUCCGUUUCUGCAUGCAGAUACAAGGGGGUCGCCCUUGUGGCCAGAAAGGCAAGCACACAGAUGAAUUUCACAGAAGCCGAGGAGGCCUGCAAGGUGCUGGGACUGACCCUGGCCAGCAAGGACCAGCUGGAAGCAGCGCAGAAGUCCGGCUUUGAGACUUGCAGCUACGGGUGGAUUGGAGAACGGAUCACCGCCAUCCCUCGGAUUUUUCCAAACCACAAGUGUGGGAGGAAUGGGAAAGGGGUCCUGAUUUGGAAGGUUCCCCUCAGCCAAAAGUUCAGAGCGUAUUGUCACAACUCAUCUGACAUUUGGGCUAACUCGUGCGUUCCAGAAAUCAUCACCACAUUCGACCCCAUGUUCGACACUCAAACACCCACAAUGGAGUUCCCUGUCAGCAGCAGUGCCUACUUGGCUUUAUCCUCAGACUUCACGACUCACGCUCCGGCUACCACCCGGGCACCAACUACCACCCGGGCUCCACCUUCCACCGUCAUGGUACGGAAGACGAAGGUGGUCUGUAACACGGAAGUUUAUACGGAACCUAACACCGUAGCCUCGACAACCGAACCACCUGUUGAAAGUGGAAAAGCAUUCAAGAAUGAAGUAGCUGGGUUUGGAGGUGUCCCCACAGCCCUGCUGGUGCUGGCCCUCCUCUUCUUUGGUGCUGCAGCUGCACUGGCUGUUUGCUACGUGAAAAGGUAUGUGAAGGCCUUCCCUUUCACGAACAAGAAUCAACAGAAGGAAAUGAUUGAAACCAAGGUUGUGAAGGAGGAGAAAGCCGAUGACAUCAACUCUAAUGAGGAAUCCAAGAAAACUGAUAAAAACCCAGAGGAGCCCAAGAGUCCACCCAAAACUACGGUGCGAUGCUUAGAAGCUGAAGUUUAGAUGAGAGAAAGCUGGGAAGGUCCACCUGAGGCAAGUUUCAUGCCAGAGAACCAAAGAAGCAAGCCACUAAUGGUUCCUAAUUAGAAAAAGACUAUGGAGUCCUUCAAAUGGAGGCCUCUCCUUAUUGCAAUCUUCUCCGGACUCUGCCCUCCUACCUCCAAUCCCGCCACAGCCUCCCUAGCCUGUCUGUCUCACAGCAGUCCAGAGAGUGGAGGGGGCUUUCAAACACUGGGCCCUAAAACAGCUCCUCAGCUUACAGUCAUAUACCAGCCUCCAAGCUGCCU